UGCAGAAUUACUCUAGAAUUCCCAACAUGGCCGCCAAAGCAGUUGGAAAGGAUCAAGGCUCGUUCGAUAUUGGCCUCAAAGAUGUAGUGCGUGGCCAAGUUGUAACGCGAUUUCCUCCCGAACCAAGUGGCUACCUCCACAUCGGUCACGCCAAAGCUGCCUUGUUGAACGACUAUUUCGCUCGCCUUUACGAAGGCAAACUUAUCGUUCGUUUUGAUGACACAAAUCCAAGCAAGGAGAAGAGCGAAUUUGAAGAGUCGAUUAAGGAGGACCUGUUGCUGAUCGGUGUUAAAGGGGAUGUCAUUACAUACACCUCAGAUAGUUUCGACACCAUCUACAAGUACGCCAUUGAUCUCAUCAAACUCGGGAAGGCCUAUGUGGAUGACACGGAUGUUGAUACUAUGCGGGCUGAGCGCUUUGAAGGAAAGGAAUCGAAGAACCGGGAUCUAUCGGUGGAGGAAAAUCUGAGGCGAUUUGACGAGAUGAAAAAUGGCACCGAGUUUGGGUUAAAAUGUUGCCUGCGUGCUAAAAUGGACAUGAAGAAUAAGAAUAAGGCGCUUCGGGACCCUACGCUAUACCGCUGUAACCUUAUCCCACAUCAUCGAACUGGUGAUAAGUGGAAAAUCUAUCCAACUUACGACUUCGCGUGUCCCGUUGUCGACUCCAUUGAAGGUGUAACGCAUGCCCUGCGUACCAAUGAGUACCGUGACCGCAACCCACAGUACGAAUGGGUACUGAAGACGCUGAAUUUGCGAUGGGUGCACAUUUGGGAUUACAGUCGUAUCAAUUUCGUGUAUACUCUCUUGUCUAAGCGCAAAUUGACAUGGUUCGUCAACGAGGGUCUCGUGAGCGGAUGGGACGACCCACGUUUCCCAACCAUCAGAGGCAUUCGUCGACGUGGUAUGACGAUUGAGGCACUCCGGCAAUACAUUCUUAUGCAGGGAGCUUCUCAAAAGAAUCUCGAUCUUGAGUGGGAUAAAAUUUGGGCUUUGAACAAGAAGGUCAUUGAUCCCAUCGCACCAAGACAUACUGCUUUGGAUCUCAAAAACAUUACACCCGUAAAUGUUGUAGGGGAAACUGUUGAACCCCACACCAAAGAGAUGCCCAAGCACAAGAAGAAUCCGGAUGUGGGAACAAAACUCACCACCUUCUCUGGCGAGCUCUGCCUCGCCUUUGAUGACGCGAAGGCAUUGGAAGUCGGUGAAGAGGUCACUUUCAUGGACUGGGGAAAUGUAAUCGUUGAGGACAUCACAAAGUCCGCAGAUGGAUCCCACAUCGAGCUCAUCAAAAUCAAGCUCAACCUUGACGGCGAUUUUAAGAAGACAAAGAAGAAGCUGACUUGGCUAUCUCGGGCAGCAACUGGAAAGUUAGAGAGUACACCUGUUAAUGUCAUGCUCCACGACUUCGAUUACUUGAUCACGAAGAAGAAGUUGGAGGAAGAGGACAAUGUGAAGGAUUUUGUGACUCCCGUGUCCGAAUUCCAGACUGAAGCGCUCGGAGAUGCCAACCUUCGAAACGUGAAAAAGGGCGAAUACAUUCAACUGGAGCGAAGGGGAUAUUACAUAUGCGAUCAACCUUGGGAUGCCUCCAAACCCGACAAGCAUAUUCAUCUCAUCUACGUUCCGGAUGGUAAAUCCGCUUCUCUGCAAUCGAAAGCGGAUACGCAAGACCCGAAUUCCGGAAAAGGCAGUAGAGGGCGUGAAUCUAAAAAGGAUGCGAAGAAAGAGGGCAAAAAGAAGAAUGGGAAGGCCGACGGAAGGGGCUCACCAAACUCUAUCAAAAUGUACGAAGUUAAGCCAAUUUAUGACGACUCUCUGAACAUCGAUCCUGCGUCCGUCAGCAAAAUGUACCCGGUGAAGAACGUAUAUGGUGCUAAUGCUGAGGAAAAUGGGAAGGUGAAAAAGAGUGCACCAAAAGUGGCGGUGUCCUCGGUGUCCUCUGAGCCGAGUGACGACAAAAAGGCCGACAAGAAGGAUAAGGUCGCUCAUACUGCGCCAGCUACUACUGAAGCAUCAUUGAUUGCCAAGGUGGACAUCUGUGUUGGCCGCAUCCUUGACGUGAAGAAGCAUCCCGACGCGGACACCCUUUACGUUGAGCAGAUUGAUUGUGGAGAAGAAAAACCACGCGAGGUUGUAAGCGGUUUGGUAAAAUUCAUGACUGAAGAUGAACUCCGGGGGAAACUGGUUCUUAUUGUGAGAAACCUGAAACCUGUCAGCAUGCGCGGCAUCAAGUCGCACGCCAUGGUUCUCUGUGCCUCUGACGAAGCACACACUAAGGUUGAAUUCCUGAUACCGCCGGAAGGAAGCGAACCUGGUGACAAAGUUUAUUUCGAGGGCCACGAAGGAGAACCUGAGCUGCAACUAAAUCCCAAGAAGAAAGUUUGGGAGGCAGUGCAGCCGGACUUCUCAUCACGAGACGACCUCGUGGCAACUUGGAAGGGUAUUCCAUUCAGAACUGCAAAAGGAGUUGUCAAGGCAGCAUCUAUCCCCAACGCCAAUAUCAAAUAGAAUUGGUUGUGUAUCCUCUGUGGUGGUGUAUGUCUAUCUUCGUAGAUAUUGCCCCCCCAAGAGUUGGUCAUAGAAGGCAAAAGUACCAACUCCUUACCUACACUAGGGUACGUCGUAAUGGACUGAACCCUCCGCACUCCAAUAUCAAAAUACUAUGUACAUGACCACUACGGUCGCAUCUACACUAAAGUGACGAAAUAAGAAUGUACUACUGUUUCCAAAGGC